GAGACGGACUAUCGGUUUAUUCCUUCUCUCUCUCUCUUUCUAAGGAGUAACACGUAGAGGCACCACGAAAUUAAAGUUACCUUGUUCCAUUUCUCUUUUGACGUUUCUAACUUCAACGAUUCUGCAGUUUUUUCGAUCUACCAACAACGGAAUCCCGAUCCCAGCAAUGGUUCAUAGCGAAGGCGUGUGUGCACAACCGCCUUCGACGAUGGCGGUCGCACCUCUAUCCGCCAUAGCCGAGGCCUUUGAGGACCUUGCCAAGUUCAGUGGCUCUGAGAAUAAUGGGAAUACAGAUCAACAAGAGCUUCGCCUCGACAAGUUUUGCCAUGCUUGCUCUCACGUCUCUGUUCUCUUUAAUUCACUUGGCCUCGUUUUCAAAUUCGCUGAAUUGGAGUACAUCUCCAAGCUUCAUGCGCUCAAGGAUGCAUCAAAGACAUAUGAAACUCUACGGGAUAUAAUUGACCUUGAUGUUGCAAAUGGGACUGUGAAAACACAAGGAAGCCUUUCACGUUGUCUACGCAGAGUUCGGCAGGGUCUUGACCUUGUCAAAGCUAUAUUCAAACAGUUUUUGUUAACUGACGACAGUUCUCUAAAAGAAGCAGCGUCAACAGCCUAUGCACAGGUUUGUGCUCCUUAUCAUUCAUGGACAAUAAGAGCGGCUGUAGCUGCUGGCAUGUAUGCACUUCCAACAAGAGACCAACUUUUGGUGAGGCUUAAUGAAACAAAUCAGUCAGCUGAGAAGAAAAUGAUGAGGUACAUCAAUGCCUCAGUUCCAGUUAUAGAAUACAUUGAUAAACUAUACCUUUCUGGAAAUAUUACGUUGGACUGGUGAAUAUAUAGAUAGAUAGAUAGAUAGAUAGAUAUCUCUUUAUCUCUUCUGUUCAAGGAGGGUUGUUUCAUGCUUUGCCAAACUUCCAAAAGAAGAAAAAUAGAAAACUCAACCCUAAGAACAAAGGAGAGAAGAAAUAGAAUGUUCUCUGUAUAUAUUUAAGAUGGCAGUGAUACCUAUGUCCUGUAUAACAGUGACUCCUGUAUAGAUUCUUCCAUUUGGUUGGUUUUUAUAUGAAGAAUUGAAGAUGCAUUUACGUUUGGACUUUUUGAUUGGUAUAUGAAGGGAAAUGGAUUCCAUGUUCAUUAUAUAGAAGCUGAGAUAAAUAUUAUGUUGUCUA